AUGGCUCUCAAUUCUCUUCUGACAAGCGUACCGACGGCCUCAUGGCUCUUUAUCGCCAUCCUCCUCGCCGUUGUUACGUUGACCAAGCACUCCAACCCAAGCGCUAUCAACAACCCACCCGCGGACCCCAACGCCCCAGUCUCCGUCAACUACUUCCCGUCCCGCAAAUGCAACUACACGUGUGGCUUCUGCUUCCACAUGGACACGUCGUCCUACGUCCUCCCCAUCGACGAGGCGAAGCGCGGUCUCCGCCUGCUCAAAGAGGCCGGCAUGCGCAAGCUGAACAUCGCGGGCGGCGAGCCCUUCCUUUACUCGCGCCUCCUCACUGAGCUCCUCCGCUACUGCAAAGAGGAGCUGAGCGUGGAAAGCAUCAGCAUCGUCAGCAACGGCAGCAAGAUCACGGAGAAAUGGAUGCGCGAAAACUGCCAGUGGCUGGACAUCUUGGCCGUGUCGUGUGACUCGUUCCACGCGGAGACGAACAAGAAGAUCGGCCGCGGCGACGACGGCGGGAAUGUGGCACGGCUGUUCCGCAUUGCGGACUGGUGCAGGAAGUUCGGCGUCAAGUUCAAGCUCAACACCGUUGUCAACACGUACAACUGGGACGAGGACAUGGUUGCUAAUAUCGAGCGCCUCGCGCCGUUCCGCUGGAAGGUCUUUCAGUGUCUCAUCGUGGCUGGCGAGAACGACGACGAGACGAGGAAGCGGGAUGCGCGGACUUUCUUGGUGACGGACGAACAGUGGCGCACCUUCUGUGACCGCCACAAACAUCUUCCGUGCUGUGUUCCUGAGGAUAAUCAGACGAUGGCCGGCAGCUACCUGCUUCUCGAUGAGUACAUGUGUUUCCUCGACAAGGGAGAAGGCGUCAUGACGAAGAGCGAGUCCAUUCUCAAAGUCGGCGUCAAGGAAGCCAUGAAGCAGGUGGUUUGGGACAAGAAGUCGUUCGUUGACCGAGGUGGUGUUUAUGACUGGGGCAGGUCGGACAUGCAGCAGCAGAAUGGUUGUGGUGGUGGCUGCAGCAACAAGGACCUGGAAUUCUGA